AUAGAGCAAGGUGGCAGUCUCCCCCUCCCCUCUCAGUAAUGGCUUGGGCUCUUCCUCCUCUCCAUCUCCUCCUAUUGCUUGGUGCAUUGGGAUGGUGGGCCACACCAACUACCGGAAAAACUCUCAAAAUCGGCGUUCCAGCGAAUUAUUCAUAUCCCAAGUACGUGCUUGUAAAAUGCAACUGGACUUCGAACCAAACAUGUUUCAGUGGCCACGCUAUCGAUGUCUUCCGACUGGUCUGGAAGAAUCUACACAACAACAUAGACUACGUGUUCAUUCCUUUCCAUGGCCCCUACGACUCUUUGAUCAUGCAAGUUUAUCACGGGAAAUUCGAUGCAGUUGUAGGCGAUAUAUCGAUAGUGGCCAAACGAUGUGAGUACGUAGAAUUCUCCCGACCUUACACAGAAACAGGAGCGAGAAUGGUGGUGCUUGAGAAGCAAGAACAUGGAAAAGCUUGGAUCUUCGUAAAGCCCUUCACGAUGACAUUGUGGGCCUUAACAGGGUUCAUUUUCUUGUACAACGGCAUAAUCGUGUGGGUUAUAGAGACUGCUAACAAUGAAAAAGAGAGCUCCUUUUCAGAGAAAUUUGGAAACUUGAUCUGGCUUUCCUUCACCACCCUCUUCCCCAUUCACGGGGAAAGGCUGCGUAGCAAUCUAUCUCGAAUGGCUAUGGUGGUGUGGCUGUUCGUGGCACUGGUCUUGACUCAGAGCUACACGGCUAGCCUCACCUCGAUGCUGACUGUACGGCGACUUAGACCGAGUGUGGUGGAUGUCGAGUCGUUGUUAAAGAACAAAAGUAAGGUGGGGUGCGACGCUGGGUCGUUCAUGUCAAGGUACUUGGAAGACGUGGUGGAAUUUGAGGCCACGUGCGUUGAGACGUACGCGUUUGAUCAGUACGCACAGGCACUUUCAAUUGGAACAAUCAAGGCUGCCUUCCUUGAAAUCCCAUACAUUCAACUCUUCCUUGAUGAGAAUCCCAAGGGUUAUACUGUCACUGGGCCCACCUACGAAAUUGGAGGAUUUGCCUUUGUAUUCCCAAAAGGUUCAGAUAUCGUCGAGAAAGUCUCUGACGAGAUUCUAAGACUGCGGGAAAAUGGGACGUUGCGCAAGAUGGAGAGAUUACUGACUCACAAGCGUUCAACCAUGGAGCCCAGCAACGAUGAGAAUGAUGGCAGGUUGAGCCCGGAUGGCUUUUGGGGGCUCUUCUUUAUCACAGGCGGCAUGUCUACUUCAGCUCUCCUUCUAUUCCUUGUGGGCCGACUACGCGACAAUUGGCGGUACAAGUAUUUCCCUUGGAUCCAAUUGGUGGGCCAAAGAGUUUGGCUGAUCUUCAGACCUAACAAGAUCCACGACAAUGAUGAUCCUGGCCCAAACCACCACGUGCUGGUCUUGCGUGAUCUUAGAAGGUGGAACACUCUCUAGGCACUAGACCGUUUGCACUGAUUAUCAUU